UUCCCAGACCCAUGUAGAUCCGACUUUUCAAUCACCUAUAGAAUCCAAGCAAGGCGUGCAUGUGAAGCGCCGGGAUGCGUUCACUUGGGCCGAUUAGGUAAGGCCGGCCGAUGCCGCUCCAGCAGUAGUUCACCGCCUGCUGCAGCGGUCAGUACCUGCCGGCAGAAUGUGCUGCUUCCCCCGAUUUCUCCACCAGUCAUUGAUGCCACCUUGCCUUUCUCCAGCGCGCUCAAGAUCUUUCCCCUGACGGGUGUGAGGAUCUAUCUAGCAGGGCCCACGGGAGACAUGUCGAUACUGAAUCUCGUCUGAUGACAAUGGCCAGUUCAAGCUCCCUUUCCCACCAGGAGACCUGGCGUCUCUUCGCCUUAGUGGGAGCCUGCCUCAGCAUCCUUCUCAGUACGUUUCAAGGCGAUGGCGCGCCCUUGGUGGCUUCCUUCGCGUUCAGCGGCAUCGCGUUCGCGGUCACAUUUAGUAUGAUCCGAUGGCUUGGACCGGUUUUUCUGAAGGCCGGCCUGAAAGGGAGGGAUAUGGCGAAACCGAGGAGGCCGGAAAUACCUGAAACAAUGGGAGCUGUUUGUGCGACUGUCUAUCUCCUCGCACUAAUCUUCUUCAUUCCGUUUGCUUUCUACAAGGAUAUCGUGGCGGCCACCUCGGGGGGAGGCAACCGAGAUGUUGUGAUCGAGGUUGGCCAUGUUGAAACGGGUCGCAUGCUACACCGAUUUCCUCAUGGAAAGCUGGCGUCCUAUCUCUCCGGGCUCCUUUCACUGCAAUGUAUUGUUAUCCUCGGAAUCGGCGACGAUCUGCUUGACAUUCGUUGGAGACACAAAGUUCUCAUCCCCGCAUUCGGUGCGAUUCCCAUGCUGAUCGUCUACUUUGUGGACUUUGGCGUCACCCAAGUCGUCGUGCCAGUGCCACUGCAGCCCUACCUGGGCUCCACUAUCGACCUCGGCUGGUUAUACUACGCCUACAUGGCGGCGGUGGCCAUCUUCUGCCCUAAUGCGAUCAACAUGUUGGCCGGGAUCAACGGAGUGGAGGUGGCACAGUCCCUCGUGAUUGCGGUCUUGCUGAUUGCGAAUGACGUCCUGUACCUUGCCCCCAUCACACCAUACCCACAUCCCGCAACCGACUCUCACCUGUUUUCCCUGUACUUCCUACUGCCUUUUGUGGGGGUCUCAUUGGCUCUUCUGUGCCAUAAUUGGUACCCUUCGAAAGUCUUCGUCGGUGAUACAUACUGUUACUUUGCGGGUAUGGUGUUUGCCGUCGUGGGCAUCUUGGGUCACUUCAGCAAAACGCUGUUGCUUCUCUUUAUCCCACAGAUCUUCAACUUCCUGUAUUCGACCCCACAGCUCUUUCACUUGGUCCCUUGCCCGCGCCAUCGUCUACCCAAAUUCAACGCGGGCACUGGAUUGUUAGAGGCAUCAGUGACCGAAUGGACCGUGCCGCCUUCGCCGCUGGUCGCUACCGCCCUGGAUCUUCUGCAUCAGCUGCGCCUAGUGCGCGUGACCAAGAACGAAAAGGGCCAGAUCGUGGAAUCGACGAAUCUCACCAUCCUCAACCUAUGGCUUGUCUGGGCGGGACCAAUGAAGGAAAACCAGCUGGCCUGGAGCAUGGUGGGCGUACAGACAUUCUGCGGACUCUUGGGUCUGUUCGUGAGACAUCGCCUGGCACUACUGGUGUUCCGAGAAGACAACCGAGCAUUUGGGGGGUCUGUAUAGCGCAGAUUGCAGUGUUUUAUAAACCAUUGUUAGUGUAAUAAGCAUCAUCUUCAC